UUUAUUUUCAAGAUAUUGAAGGAGAAAUUAUUUCAAGUUCUGGCAACACUGCCAUCGCCGGUAAACAUAAAAAAUAAAAAUAAAGUUCGCGCUAAUUUUUUACUGCUCCUCGGGAAAGAUAAUUCAAUUAAGUGAAAAUGGCCAAAAUACAUGAAGCCCUCAAGCCGAUUCAGUGGCUGAUAGGAACUUGGGAAUCGAUCAGCGCUAAAGGGAGUUUUCCUACGAUCAAGGAUUUCACGUACAAAGAGGUAAUUAAGUUCGAAUCGCUCGGCCAACCGCUACUGAAUUACGAAUCGCGCUCGAAACAUCCGGUUUCUGGAGCCCCGAUGCAUCUCGAGAGUGGGUUUCUUCGCAUAAAGCCGGACACUAACGAAAUAGCAUUCAUGGUGUCGCACAACUUUGGCCUCGUGGUGUUGGAAGAGGGAACCGGUGAUGAGCAAGGACUGCAGCUUGUAUCGAAAUCGGUCGAUCGCAUGUCCUUCGCCAAAGAUCCUGCCGUCAAAAAGAUCCAGAAACGAUAUCGCCUAAAUGCGGAUGGUACGCUACAGAUAGAAACGGAUAUGGAAACUAGCAACACUCCUCUGACGAACCAUCUCGUUGCGGUUUACAAAAAAAAUGAAUGAGUCUUCAAUAUUAACAUUUUCUUAGUGAAGGAGCUAUCAUAUAUAGUAUUUGGGGUUGCAAAUUAUAGGGUGCUUGUUGGGUAAUAUGCUUGUAGUUGUGCGCUGGCUCAAAUAAAUAAUUAAUGAUCACAUUUUGCAGAUAAUUCCUCUCUGUGUAGGACGCUGUAAAGA